UUAUUAUUUUACAAACUACGCUUACUUUGGCUGUCUAUCUCAUUCUACUCUCUCUUGUUUACUACGGACAGAGAAUUAUGCUUGCUUUUGUAAUCUAUUAUCGUAUAUAAUAAAAAUAUUAAGAAAAGAUAUCUAGUUGAGUAUUUUAAAUUGAACUUAAUUAAAAAAAUCAAGGACAUUUGUUUGGAAAGGAUUUUUGUUCGUAUCCUGAAGAUUAUUUUAUACAUAUUUUUACACCGUUGAAAAUGAAUCUAAGGUCGAAAGUUAACACCGCGAUAUAUGGCAAUAAAACAACACCACUGUCAACUGGCAUUACAGCUACUCUGUUUAUAUUAUCUCUUCUUGGUUCUAUGUCAAUAACAAUGGUGUUUUCAUUCCUACCACAGUUAAUAAAGUCAUUUGGUAUAACAGAAGUGGAAGUUGGUCAUUAUGCCGGCAUAAUUGCUGCAUCAUUGUAUUCUGGGCUUGCAUUUUCAAGCAUUUUGUGGGGAUAUUUAGCUGAUGUGAAAGGAGCUAAAUUUGCAACCAUCUUAUCCUCUUUAUCUUUAACAAUUGCUACGUUAGCAUUUGGAUUUAGCACAUUUUAUAAAUGGGCAUUGGUGACGCGGUUUCUACAAGGAUUCUUCAUGGGAGUAAAUGUGGUGACAAAGGCUUUGAUGGCUGACGUUUGUGAUGAUUCUAACCAAGCGUUAGGAAUGACAAUAUUAACAUGCUCAUACGCCACUGGAAUCGUUCUUGGACCAAGUAUCGGAGCAUUCCUAGCAUUUCCCACAAUACAGUAUCCAAAAGUGUUUUCAAAAGACUCUCUAUUUGGACGAUUUCAAGUCCUUCUUCCAAAUCUUGUUUUGGUGGUAUCUUUUGUUGUAGCAACUUCUCUAGCAGUUUGCACCCUCCCAUCUAAAAGAAGAAAGAAGACAGUCGAUGUUAUUAAAGAUGCAAAAAACAGUGAAAUUGAUGAACUUAUUCAAAAGAAGGAAGAAAAAAACUCUAAGAAAGCUGUUUCGUUUAGUUGGAAUCUCUUCAAAGAAUCAAAGAUCAUGAAGGUACUGAGCCAAAAGGAGUGUAUUUUAGCCAGCAUUUUGUACACCAUUUAUCCUCCAGUCUGUACCGUGUUUGACGAACUGUUUCCUGUUUUUGCUGCAACCUCAAGAAAAUACGGAGGAUACGGCUUUAGUACAUCAAACAUUGGGGUGGCGUUGGUGACCGUUUCAAUUAUUAGCAUAUUUGCUGUAAUAUCUUUAUUUUCAAAACUUAUUGUUAGAUACGGUGCAAAGAAAGUCUUCAUCUAUUGUGCCAUAUUUCAAUCAUUAUUAUUUCCUGUACCAGUAAUGUUGGCAAAAGUUGUUUACAACACAAAAUUAUUCUGGAUUCUGUUAAUCCUGGUAUUAAUCAUCAUAAGAGUUUGCAUAGAAGGUACGGUAAUAACAGCUGUCUUGAUUAUGAACAAUUCUGCAAGUGCAGAUUCAAUUGGUACAAUUAAUGGCAUUGGUUUAACAUUAUCAUGUUUCGGAAGGAUGGCCGGUCCACCAUUAUUUGGGAGUAUAUUCUCCUGGUCGUUAAAAAACGUUGCGAAUGUCGAAGAAAACAAACAUCCACUUGGGUUUCCAUUCAACCAAUAUUUUGCCUUCUACUUGUUGGCCAUUUUGGGAUUACUUAUUGCUGUAUUUGUUGGUACAUUUCCGAAUACUGUAAAUUAUAAAAAAGAAAGUCGAACUGAAGCACUAAUUGAAUAAGACAUAGUCAUCGUCAAGAUAAAUUGUAAAAUGUUUCGGAAAGUAUACUUUCGCGUGUGUUAAUUUUUGCGCGAAAGUUAUGGCAAAUUAAUGUGCUAUAUCUCUCGCACAAAUAAACAUUUUGCGAAAAUGCGCGAAAACUAGCAUACGUAAGUAUUAAUAUCAUUAUUUUUUAAUCACCAUAUUAGAAACAAUAGGAAUAUUCAUUUUCUAUGUAUUUUUAACAAAUGUUAGAACUGUGAAAUAUCUGUAUUUAUUACCUUAAUACUACUAAUUUUUGUAGGUAUUAUUUAGCGCAUUGGAAAAAUCUAAUCUUUCGCAGUUUUAGGCACAUUCCGCACAAAGCACGAAAAAUUAGCACCAUAAGUUAGAUUGUUAAAACGCUAAGUCAUUAUCACUUAUUUUCAAUGCUGCUUUUUUUUUUAAUUUAUCUGCAAAAGUUACAAAUUCACUUAGCAUUUUAUUUUUUUGAAUAAAUCUGAG